GCGAGCUGAAGUAACUGAACCCUCCAGGAUGAUGCGAAGUAGUGGACAAUCGGCAACGCAUUUUAAUUUUUAGUCAGACCUUCAAAACAGAUUGUAUCGAUCGGCGAAUAUUUUAAAUGGUGAACGAGACAAGAGAGACUUGUUCUGGACUGUUUCCUUACGGCGAGUGUGCUGCUAGCUUAAUUCAAGAUGGGAAAUUCAUAUGCUGGGCUGCCAAAAACAACACGCUUUGAAGAAGUAUUGCAUAACUCCAUUGAGGCUUCUCUUCGUUCAAGCAACUUAGUUCCCAGACCAGUCUUCUCUCAGCUAUAUCUAGAAGCCGAACAGAAAAGCCUACCUCAUGAAGGCAGGCUAGAGAAUGAAGAGGACCAGGAGGAGGAUGGUUCAGACUCAAACAGCCCUCCAAUUCCCUAUCAGAUGAAAGCUCCACCAGAAGGCUGUUGCACCACAGAUGGAUUCUGUCAGUCAGGAAAAGACCUUCGUUUGGCAUUCAUUUCAAAUGAGCAAAUUGAAGUAGCACCAGGAUUUUUACUUGUUGGUGUGAAAUCUCCAAAUUUGCCAGAUCAUCUGCUGGUGUGUGCUGUGGACCGUCGAUUUCUUCCUGAUGACAGUGGACGAAAUGCUCUUUUAGGUUUUUCUGGUAACUGUGUUGGAUGUGGAGAGAAAGGCUUUCGUUAUUUCACAGAAUUCUCCAAUCACAUAAAUCUUAAAUUAACAACUCAGCCAAAGAAACAGAAACACUUAAGGUAUCUUCUCAUCAGAAAUGCUCAGGGUACUCUGGUAAAGGGUCCUCUGAUCUGCUGGAAAGGAACAGAAACUAGAGGGCGACAAGGAGAAUCUGGUGCCAGCGUUUGCAUUUCCUCAUUGCCUUCACAUGGGAUAAAUCAGUUAGGCGCUGUUGUGUCAGCAGAGGCUGUCUUAUCAGAUAAUCAGAAUUCCUUCACAAGUAUCCAAACAUCAGGUAUGUCCAUUGAACAGAGCCUUCCCCCACUGGUAUCCGGUACUUCAACAAUGAAUUACAAUGGUCAAGACCAUCACAGACCCCAGCCUUCAGCAUGUCACAGUAAUCUGCCAACCCAGAAUCCCAUUAGACCUUCAGUGACAGGCAGCUUUGCUAAUUCUGGACCACCAAAGAAAAGGCACAAAGGAUGGUCACCAGAGUACUCAGCAGCCCCUGACGCUGCUGCGAGAAGCAGUCCAUGUGCACUGGGAAUUGGUGCAAGAGCAGAUGGAAUUGGAGUUUCACCCUCUUGCCAGCCUGCUUCUACUGGCUCACCCUCUAAUUCAUUAACUGCAAGUGGUGAUUCCCUUCUCGUGCCAGACAACCUUUUAAAUAUCUGCAGGAUCCAACCAGUUAUCUUUAAAGGUCAUGGAAUCUUUCCAUAUCUUUGUGGAAAUGUAAGUGAUGUCAUAGUGAGUCCCCUGUUGCAGUCCUGCUACAAAAACUCCCAGGCUCUACCAAGGGUUUAUGAGCAAUAUGGUGCCUCCCCAAUCCAACCACUUUCAGUGGAAAUGCAAAUUUUGCUAACAGUGUACUAUCUGGUUCAGCUGGCUCCAGACCAGAUUCCCUUGAUAGAAGAUCUGGAACAGAUAUUCAUGAAGUCCUGGAGAGAUUCUCAUGUGACGGAAAUUAGACAGUAUCAACAAGUCCAUACUCAAGUUACUCCCCAGGCACUAAGUCAGAUGCAGCCAGUCACUCAAGCUCAACUGCCCUGGCUAGCCAGACUAGCGGCUAGCUCUUGUAAUGACAGUGUUCGAAUUGUGGAAUCUACAUCCUCACUUGCUGAAGGGCUAGCAGAAACCUUUAAGAGCUUGAUAGACAACAGACUGACUCAAACUAAUUUUGUUAUAAUAAUCUGUGUGUCAAAACUAAGAGGCACCGAAUCAUGUGUGGUGGUCACUGGAAAACACCAUGCACGAGCAUUGUCAGAAAGUAUGUGCACCCCGACAGAAAGCUUCAUGAAGAUUAGUUCUGAGUUGGCGUCUGGUAAACUGGGAUCUUUAGGAGCCUUUUUCAGUUCACUUUGUCCAGAAGGGGAUCUGGAUACUUUACUUGAUAAAUUUCAGCUAGAGCGAAAUUGUUUUCCUAACUUAUCAGAAACUCCUGACUCUCCCAAAGAUCCUGAAAAAUUCUCAGAGCAAUGUUCAGAUUUUCAAGUUGAAUGGCAUCAGGUUCGUCCUAUCCAGUUGGCUGUAGCUCGGAAACUCCUUUCCCAUGUGUGUGCCAUUGCUGACUCUAGUACACAAAACUUGGAUUUAGGUUCUUUUGAAAAAGUGGAAUUCUUAAUUUUUGUGCCUCCCUCAGAUGUGACCUUCCAGCAAAUUGUGUUACACCUUUGGAGCUCAGGAAUUUUAUUGGAACUGGGUCUAGAAACCAACCACAUGUCAAGGGAAGGUGCUGAGCAAUAUGUGGUGAAGCUUGACUCGGAUGCCCGGGACAAAAUUGAUUGUUUUGUUAAGAAGUCAAAAUUAAGUCCAUAUACGCUCUUUAUACUUGUCCACGAUCAUGCACACUGGGAUCUUAGUAGAUCUGCUGGAAUAAACACAUCUAGUGAGUCAUCCACAGGGCUGGCAGAUGCUCUCUUGAACUGCAGAGAGAUAAAGGAGGCUCCAAAUAUCCUAAUACUUCAUGUCACAUCAUUUCCAUUUGCUCUCCAAACACAGUAUACUCGCAUCAGUCCUUAUAAUGAGAUCCACUGGCCUUCAACUUGUAAUAACGAUAUAGAUGUGUAUCAUGAAAACACCAAGUACUUUGGCCUUUCAGAGUUCAUUGACUCUACACGAUCUGGACAUAGCCUUCCGCUAUUGAGAUAUGACAGCUCAUUUGAGGCAAUGGUGAUGGCUCUUGGAGAAAGGUUCCCAAAGCUACAUAGUGCAGUGAUAAGAACGUAUGUUCUAAUUCAGCACUAUGCUUUGGCAAUGAUGGCUGUGUCUGGCCUCUCACAGAUAAAAAAAUACACUUCAGUGGAGACUUUGGAAAUUAUCCAGAAUCUUAUUAAUUCUCCAAAGCAGUGUCCAAAUCAUCAUGGUCACAUGGUCUUGCUGAGGAUCCCAUCCAUUUCUUUAGCCACCCUUGCAUAUGAGCGUCUUGGACAAGUCAGGGAGCGGCUUGGUCUACAGCAGCAAUUUGAGAUUAUCCUAGGCAGCCCUAACUCUGCCCUCAAUGUUGGAAAGCACUUUUUGGAAAGGUUAAAGACCUGGCUGAAAAUUCAAGAUGCUGAUUGGGCUCCCCGGACAUAUUUGGAGCUGGAAGGCUUGCCUUGCAUACUUAUUUUUACAGGAAUGGACCCUCAAGGAGAAUCACUUCCCAGGUCUUUGAAAUAUUGUGAUCUUCGUUUGAUCAAUUCAACUUAUCUGAUGAGGACCGCCUUGGAGCAGGAGCUGGGUUUGGCAGCAUACCUUGUCAAGUCAGACAUGCUAAGUAGCAAGAUGGGACCAAAUUACUUGUCUGAAAGUGACCCAGAGAAACUCAGCAGUACAGACAAUGAGGAUGAAGAGCUAGGGAAUGAUGCAUUAUGUACUGAGACAUCUCCUGGUUUGGCAACAAACAUAGUGGGAACCACAAGUCAGCCUCACCAAGUAUCCAAUUGUGAACAUCCUACUAAAGACAAUUGUGUCAGAGGAAAAAGCAUUGAAAGCAGCACUUACUGUGACAAGCCAAAUAAUAGCAGGAGGUUUUCCAAAUCUACCUCUUCAGGUUCAUCUUCAGCUCAGAACUCAGUUAUAUCUCAACCAGUUCGACAGUGUUCCAGAGGAAAGAGUCUAAACCAUCCACCUAUAGUGUUUCUGCCAAAGGCAGUAUAUGAUGUUAUUACCUCAGUGGACAGCAGUGGACUCCCUAAAUCAACAUCCUUUCUUCCACAUCACUUAGUCAACUGGGCAAGUUCUUUCCGCCCUUUGCUUAGCAAAAUGAUGACUUGUACUGAGCAAUCUUUGUAUUAUCGACAGUGGACUGUUCCAAAACAAAGUCAUAUGGACAGCAAUAACAGAGCAGAGGGAAGGACAGACAACUUUCAUCCUCGAAGGCUACUACUGAGUGGGCCUCCACAGGUUGGAAAAACAGGUGCUUAUUUGCAGUUUCUGGGUAUCCUGUCACGGAUGCUGAUUAGACUUAUGGAAGUCGACAUUUACGAUGAAGAAGAAGUAAAUUUAAAUGUAAAACAAGACAACAUUCAGUUUCACCAUUCAACUGCAAGGUGGCCUGAUUAUGACAUAAUGAAGACAAUGCCUUUUGACUACACAGUUCAUGACCCUAAAUUUGAAGAUGCAAGUCCUAUUUAUUCAGAAGAUCUUAUAAUACGUACUGAAGAAGGUCCCAAAAGGCAAGAAGAAGUUUUUUUACGUUGUCGAACCACAAGAAUGAGAUUGUCAAAAUAUGCGGCUUACAACACAUAUCACCACUGUGAACAGUGUCACCAGUACAUGGGCUUCAAUCCCAGAUACCAGCUCUAUGAAUCUACUCUUCAUGCCUUCACAUUCUCUUACUCCAUGUUGGGAGAAGAGAUUCAACUUUACUUUAUCAUUCCCAAAUCCAAGGAGCACCAUUUCAUCUUUAAUCAGCCAGGAGAUCAGCUGGAGAGCAUGAGGUUGCCCCUCACCUUGGACAGGAAUCCCGAUGCCAUAAAGAGCCCCAUUUUUACUCCAACAACUGGAAGACAUGAACAUGGCCUUUUUAACCUUUAUCAUGCAAUGGAUGGAGCCAACCAUUUACACAUUCUGGUUGUUAAGGAAUACGAGAUGGCAGUGUAUAAAAAAUACUGGCCAAACCACAUUAUGCUUGUUCUUCCAAGUAUCUUCAAUGGCGCAGGAGUGGGUGCAGCUCAUUUUUUGAUUAAGGAACUGUCUUACCAUAACUUGGAACUGGAACGCAAUCGGCAGGAGGAACUAGGGAUUAAGCCACAAGACAUAUGGCCAUUCAUCAUUCUUGCAGACGAUUCCUGUGUUAUGUGGAACAUGAUGGAUGUUGAAGUGGGCGAAGAAAAUAUAAGUAAACCAAACUUUUCAGAGAGGAAUGUGUCCUUGAAAUAUGUUCUGCAGCACAUUGAGGCAACUUCAGGUAUCACUCAGUAUGGCCUUUGUGGCUUAAGAAAAUGGAACAGCAGGGGGAGCAGCAUCCACCUUCAGGAACCAUUUUCCCGUUGCCACUUGCAUGAUUUCAUUCUUCUGAAUGUAGACCUGACACAGAAUGUCCAGUUCAAUCAGAACAGGUUCACUUGUGAUGAAGUGGAUUUCAAUCUCAGAGUGCAUAGCGCGGGACUUGUAAUAUGCCGUUUUAACUACUUUAGUGUUAUGAAGAAGCAAAUUCCCAUCGGAGGACGUAGAAAUGUUAUUAUAAAAUCAAAGGUUUCUGAUGUGCCUACUACCAUUCCACCAUCCCAGUACAUUUGUGCUCCUGACAGCAAGCACACUUUUUUGGCAGCUCAUGCUCAACUCCUUCUGGAGAAAUACCUACAGUACACUAGCCAAAGACUCUUUCCUUUGUCCUUGAAGAAUUAUAACCACCCAGUACUUUCUGUGGACUGCUAUCUGAACUUGGGAUCUGAGAUUGCUGUGUGUUAUGUGAGUUCACGACCUCACUCUGUCAACAUUAACUGCACCCAUCUGGAGUUUAGUGGCCUGCUCUUAUACAUUUGUGACUCUUUUGUCACUUCCAGCUUCCUCAAAAAGUUCAAUUUCUUGAAAGGUGCUACACUUUGUGUUAUCUGCCAAGAUCGAAACUCUUUACGUCAGACUGUGGUUAGACUGGAACUGGAAGAGGAAUGGAGGUUCCGCUUGAGAGAUGAAUUUCAAACGGCGAAUUCCAAAGAGGAUAAACCUCUUUUUUUUCUUACAGGAAGACACAUAUAAGCCAAAGUUAUAGUUUGGCAUAAUUUUAAGACUGAUAAAAUUAAUGAAAGAAUAACAUUAAAACCUAAUAAAUGCACUAUGUUAAAUAAGAAUAUUUUAUUUUUUAUUACUGUUCGUUACAUUUUAAUACAGUUUGCAUUUUUUAUUGUUUACAUUGUAAAAAUUGUCUUAUUUAAAUAUUGUAAAGCAACAGUCUCUUUUUUUUGCAAUAAAACUCCCAGAAUUUUCAUUACU